GGCUUAUAUCUUUUGUGCUCAGAGAGGUUCAGAAAGAAAGUUCACAAAGACUUCCAUUUCCAUAACAGAAGCUCAGAUAUGGACGACGGCAUGACAGACUUUUAUAUAAAAGCAGCAAGGCGUAAUGUGAAUAAUGGUGACUCUGGAGCAAAGUGUGGGCGUUGGAAUCCCACCGCCGAACAAGUUAAAGUUUUGACUGACUUGUUCAGCUCCGGUCUGAGAACUCCGAGCACGGCCCAGAUCCAGAAGAUUUCUUCUCAGCUUAGCUUUUAUGGUAAGAUUGAGAGUAAGAAUGUUUUUUACUGGUUUCAAAACCAUAAAGCUAGGGAGAGACAAAAGCGUCGCAAAGUAUCGGUUGGUGAGAAGAAGGAUGUGCUUCGCACAUGGGAGAAGAUUUCUUCUGAAAAACAUUUUGUAGAGGUUAACAAUGUAUCUGCGGAUGAACCUGAAAGAGUGAUCCAAACUCUUCAACUUUUGCCAUUGAACUCCUUUGAAGAACAUGAACCAAAGAAGCUGAGGAUGUAUGCAAAUGAUUGCAGGGAGACUCUUCAUCCACCAUUGGAUCUGCGUUUAAGCUUUUUGUAAAACUACCAGCUUUUGAUCAAUCUUAUCAAAAAAGGAAAACAAAAAUUAACAUCAAAGGUGUGAGAAGUUGAAGUUUAGAAUUUGGAAAAUGUGUUUAGGGUUUGG